AUGAGAUACCGUGCGUGGGGUACAUUGUUGGCCAGUAUGGCUGGAUUGCUGCUCAUGCUGGACAUGCCCGAUCGGAUUGCAGCCGACCUGAUGGGUGACAUCCAACAAGGGUUGAAAACGACCGGCAAACUGUUCGGCAUCAACACGAUUGCCGAUGUGGCCGACCUCGUGGCGAAAGGGUUUGCAACGCGUCGCGGCUCCCAGGACGAAGUGCCCCAGCGUCCAACACAAGCGUCCGAGAGUGUCGGUGUCGCGGACGCACUGCUCACCCAAGCACCAUCGAUGAUGACCAUUAUGAUGAAGCUGCUCGGACUGGAUGGUAGUCAGCUGGGCGCAAUGCUGGUCAACGGUAUCGUGUUCCUGGCGCACAUCAUAGGGACCAAUCUAGGAGCGUUUCGGUCACCCACCCUCGACACAUCAUCGUCCUUUCCCUCCACCUUCCCCUCGGAUCCUCCAUUGACCGGUGAAUCACAAUCAGCGGAAGCAAGUGGGAGUCAAAAACCUGGCUCAAACCCACUCGAAUGGCUCCUGCGCAAUCCCUCGAAACGGUUCCGUGUGCUGUUGGAUCAGGUGCAGAACACGGAUCUGGCCGAGCGUUUGGAUCGCGAAAUGGACCAACUGGACCGGUACGCCCCCGAGGAUACGGACUGCAUCCGGUUGCUGAUGUGUAAGGUGAAACCCUUCAUCUGGAAGAUGCAAAAUGUCGUGCGGAACCAGAUACUGGCGAAAAGCGAUGGCCAGCAGCAGCAACCAACGGGUAACAACGCAUCAAACCAGUCUACCAGCGUUCCGAACGGGGAAGAGAUACUGAAAGGUAUACACGAAAAUUUACCUUCGGAGAAAGAGUUCCUACGCCAGAGCAAACUUUGUGAGCAACAGUUUCGUCACUGUCGACGUCUGCCUGAGUAG